UUCAGCUUUACUGGCUGAACAGAAAUACACUUAAUAACUGUCACAGGCAGCAGAGAACGAGAGCUAAGCGCUGGAUACUGGAAGAUAAUUUCACAAGUUUAUAAUUCAAAGAACACACAGGAAAACUUGUAGCUAGGGAUGUUCCAGCGACUGGGCAGGCAGAUCUUCAGAGAUGACCCAAAGUUUAGUCCACAGAAUAAGAUGUGCUGUAGGAGGAGGGACAGCAGCUUCAGUCACAGAAAUGUGCACAAUGGACAAAUGGUGGCCUGAUGAUACAUCACCAGAGAUCGUGCAACAAACUGGCACGACUGAAGGAUUUCCACAGCCUUAAGAACACGUGGAGAAACCUGAGUGAUUAAUCACAGGUGAGCCAAUUGAAGAUCUGCUGUCAGGUGUGUCUGAUAAAGGCGAAGACAGGAUGCGCCAACGAACCACAUCAGAGACAGAUAAACAACGAGCCAGAGAGAGAGCAAGGGCGGCAGGGCCACCCAGGAGGACAGAGGGACCUUGACAACAACUUUUAAUAUAAAUUUCUUCAGUGUUAACCUUCUGAUAUCAGUCAGCAUGCUUUAUACAGUUUGUCAAAAAGCCCCUUAAGAGCUGCCAAAACACAUCAGGUCCUGAGGACUGAGGUGUGGAAUGAAGGUCAAAGUCUGCGUGGACUGAGUGGAUGAAACGCUUCAGUGGCAGUGGAGCUGGAUGCAGAGCACGCACAGAGAGUCCCCGGGGCGGAGCAAGGAGGGGGCCUGCCACCCCAGGUGAAGGUGAAAGAGAGGCAGAAGUUCUUUGAGGAGGCCUUUCAGCAGGACAUGGAGCAGUACCUGUCUACCGGCUACCUGCAGAUUGCUGAGAGGCGAGAACCAAUAGGCAGCAUGUCAUCCAUGGAGGUGAAUGUGGACAUGCUGGAGCAGAUGGAUUUGAUGGACAUGUCUGACCACGAGGCUCUGGAUGUGUUUUUGCACUCUGGAGGAGAGGACAACAGCGCUGCCUCGCCUGUUGCAGGUCCAGACGUCGAGUCCUUCACCACAGAGAUCAGCCUCCAAGUUCCCACCCAGGCUGAGCUACGACACAAGCUCUCUUCAUUAUCAUCCACCUGCACUGACUCCGCCAGCCAGGACACAGAGGCCGGGGAGGAGGACGAGGAGGAAGAGGAGGAGGAGAGUGAGCAAGGAGGAGGAGGGGGGGGCGUUGGGGGAUCAGGAGGAGGAGGAAGGAGGAGAAGACCCCCUGUGGUAGUGACCCUGGAUGAAGAAGAGGUGCACCCUGACACGGUGCUGGUGGACAGGGCGGAGCGCGAAGAUCAGACCAGCAAAGACUGUGAGGAAAGCAGGCCAGAGGUUUGAGGAGAGGCGGAGUGAGACACAAGCACCCAACAGCUGCCAAAUCAAACUCAGAACCAUAUUGGCUUUGUUCUUAAUAUUCCUCUCAUAUGUCAGAGAAACAUAUGAUAGAAAGUGCAACCUCAGUGCACUAACUGCCACAUGACCUUACCUUGAGAGACGCCAGUUUUCAAUUCUAAUUGAUCUUAUAAAACUGUUUUAUUUUUCCUUUUCAGCAUAACGUCAUCUAACGGCUGAGCGAUUCUCCUGUUUCUUUGUUUCUCCUGCUGUAUGUUGAGGCCUGUUACUGAUUAACGACUGAGUAAUGAGGACAUAGAAACACACCAAAAAUCACCCACACGACCCUUCUGCUAUGCUCCAUCCUUCACUGCGCUUAUAGACUGCAGCGGUCAUGUGUUUCCCAUUAUUGCUUGUGUUGGAGAUUAAGCGUGGAGCCUAAAGUACCCCAUUUGGCCUAAAUAAAGAAGCUAGCUUUUAAAAUCUAACUGCAGGUCAGAAAUGUGAAGUCAGUUUUUAAUCUGUAAAAGAAAUGUUGCCAUGCAAAUUCACCCGCCAAAGAUUUUAUACUUUAUAAAAUCCACGUGUGUAAAACCACGGGGAUAGCUUUGGUUCUGUUUGCACAGGUUUUCUCAUGUAUGUGCUCUAUGAAACUGUUCUAGGGGUUAAAGCUCUGAAAUGAGACUUUCAAUUGUGCAAUUUCUCUUCCACAAUUCAUUUUAGUGCAACAAAUGCAAAGAUGCACUACUCAAAGAAAUGAAGGGAACACUCGAUCAUCACUUGGUAUGACACAAAGUCAUUUAAACCUCAGCAUAUCAGUCUUUCCUUUCAUUUGAAGCAAUGCUGCAAGUGAGUUUUUCUCCAGUCCAGCUCCUCUAGGACUGCAAAAUGACCUCCAGCUGAGCUACUCGUGCAUGUUUCUCACCAAACUGUCAGAAACAAACUCCACGAGGGCCCGAUGUGCUUCAGUGCAGAGCCCGGCACCGUGCAGCUCAAGUAUAUCCGCCUGAGAUCUGCCAUCCUGGAGGAGCCGGACUGCUUGUGCAACCUGAACAGGCUGGAGGUACGAUCCUCAUGCUAGCAGCUGUGAUAAGGAGUAAAAAGACAAACUAGAGGAUUAGGAGGGAUAAGGAGAGAGGAUUUUUGUGGUGGUGGUCUUGUUGUUGCCUCUGGUAAACCCGUUAUCACUAUGAUUUGCACCAAAGCAGCUGAAAUGGAUUCACAAUGCUUUCUGCUUCCUAGCUGGACAGACUUAUAUCACUGAAGUUCAACCGACUAUGAUGCUCGAGCGUUCCCUUAAUGUUUUCUUUGAGCAGUGUACUUAUUGAUCGCUUUUUUCUGAAGAAAAAGGAUGAAUAUUUUAUCACUUUCUGAAACUAAAAAGCCAAAAGCAUUUCUUUCACUGUUUUUAAAGUCUUCUAGAUCACGUCGGAUGUAAACUAGUUCAAAAUGGUUUUGUGCCAUUACCCAGUAGAAACAAAGCUUAAUAGCAGGCAGGCACCUGACAGUGGUUUCUGAAACACAUUGUAUAGCAGACAUGUGGGUGGAGAUCGGGUACAAUGAUAACAAUGACUUACCACACACACACACACACACACACACACACGACAGUUAACCUUUGCCAUUCCUUUGAUAUGUGAUCUCUGGGUGAACUACUUCUGUUGAACGAGGACCAAAUCCCUGCUGUGGACAGUGUGCUAUGCACCGGACAAUGUCCAGAAGACUGAACUGCAUCCAGACCUCUGUGUCUGCAGUUGUUGACAUUUGCCUAAAAUUUCUGACUUGUUGCUAAUAAACAUUUGUCUCCCGG